CUGAUCCUCUUUCCUAUCGUCCCGCAUGUGCGUCUUUUCUCCCUCCGUGUUUGAAGGAUAAGGAUGGGCAACGACGGGGUGAAGAGGAAGAAAGCGGAAGGGAGCGACGUGGACGAGCAAGAAACAUGGGAUAAUAAGAAGACAAAGAAGGGGAUGACGCUUCCCUUGAUGAUCAAGAAUAAGGAGAAGAGGAGUACCGUCCAUGCCAAGCUCAAGCAUAAGAAAAAGAUCGAGAAGCGGAAGCAAGCUAAGGCACGAGAGGCCACCAUCAACCGAGCCCUUGACCUCGACGAGGAGCCUCUGGAGAAGAAGGUGCCACAGACGAUCGAGAACACCAGGGAGGUCGAUGAGACGGUUUGUCGACCUGAUGAUGAAGAGAUCCAAAUAUGCAUCACGGUUCCGUUGAACCAAAUUUAUGAUAGCGGCCUAUUCGGCUCGAAGCCCGACGGAUCGUUGGUGGCCCUUCUGAUUCUUCUGCAUCAGUGGAGAGGAUCUAUCCUCCGUUAGUAAUGGUGUUUGAUCUACCGUCUUUGGAAAUCAUCAAUCGCUGGUCAGAGGAAGACAAUGACGUCCUUAGUCUUAAUUUAUCUCAAAUAUUUGCAAAACUAUUGUAUUAACAUAAUCUCCAUCCUUAUAUCUUGACUUAAUGACUGAUGAGCAAUUAAAUUCAUGGAAACAAGUUAUAUCAUCUUAAUUUCGAUCUUAAUUUCGAUCACAGGCAAACUAGGUCUUAUUGCCUCCCGAUGCUAGAUUUUAGGCCACAAAUCAUUCUAAAUUCGAUAUUAUUUGGAUUAAUAUUAAAGUUAAUUAUAAUUUCAGAUUAAUACACAAGAUUAGAGUAGCAUAAAAUAUCUAAAAAUAAGUAACAAAGAACCACCCGGGUGGCACAAGACUGGAUGAGGUUUCGGUAUGGUGUCGGGCGUUGAACAAUCUUUCACAAGUUCACACGUUACCUUGACGAGAACUUGUUGUCACGCACGACACUCAGUGAGCAGCUGUUCGUUCAACCUUCUAAAGUCCUUAUUUUCCCCCUCUCCCUCUUUUCUCUUGUGCAUGCAAGGUGCUCGUUGAAUUGCUUGUAAAGCUUCCCCUUUUCGCAAGACGUCGGGACUUGUCUGUCGAUCGUUCUUCGAACUAAUCAAUUUUCUCUUUUUAUAGGUCCUUCGGGACCUGUGAGAGGUUACAAGUGGGUUGAUCUUUGCGGACGCAAAUCAUAAGGGCGAAGCGCGACUUAGGCAACGCAAGCUAAGUUCGCGUCUUUGCUGCAAUGUUGCCUCGCGACUUAGGCAACGCAAGCUAAGUUUGCGUCUUUGCCGCAACGGUGCCUCACGCCUUAGGCAAUUCCAACUAAGGCCAUGAUAAUGUGGUAUCAGAGCGGGCAAGCACUUCGAGCGAGCAACGAAGGAACUUCGCAACUUCGCCAUGGCAAAGCAUCAUGGCGAAUCAAGCAAGACGGGGCAAGCCAAACCCUUGCCCCAAGCAACCGCAGGUGGGCUGCAUAUGCACACUCGCUCUCAUGCUGUUGGAGCUGCUCAAGAGGAACGCGGUAGUGAACAUGAUGAGCGAGAAGUUGGCUAAAUUGUGCGAGCGAAGGAGGUGCAAUUUGGAGCGCCAAUUGGGAAAAAGAAUCACAAGGAGAUAUUCACAACGGCGGAAACCUGCUUGGAUGUUCUUGAAGCGAGCUUGGAGGAACUCUACCAUGGCCAACAAAGGCUUGUUGGGGUAGAAAGAUCGCAAGAAGAAGCAAAGUCCAGGAUCGAUAAUGUUGAGGCCCUAGUCGACAGAUUGUCUGAUGACACCAAAGACUCCGUACAACACUUGCAAGAAGUUAUGGCGGAACUCACUUCGAGAGUGACCAUGCUCAUAAAAGCGCUAAAUGUUGGGAAAUCAUUGGGGGCGAUAUCAUAUGCGCAGCGGAAGAACAAGAAAAACAAAAUCCCCGAUUCCCAAAAAGAUGUUCGUCGUCGUGUGAAGAUUGGUGCGCAAAAAUCCGCAAAACACAAAACUGCGUAUAGAGAUUGUGUUACCUAGGGAGAUCGUAUAUCCCUGUUUUCUUACAGAUCCUUAGGAGAGGGUGAAGGAGGUCAAGCGUCCUCCUCUCUAGCGGUGAUCCACACAGCAGGGUUGCGACGACGCUCCUCAAAACUCCAGGCAUACUCUGAGGUGGAGAGGGAGAGGAGAAUAGGAAAGGCAAGCAAAGACUCUAGCUUAUGAGGCUGUGAAUCCCUCCUAUUUAUAGAGAUCCCGUGUCAAACCCUAAUGGGUCCUUCCCUAGUGGGUAUUGGAUCUGCAUCCAAUAAGACAAGGGCUCCGUCGGAUAUCUCAUAUCCGAACCUCUACUCAUCGCAAUGCCUACUAUAUGUGUGUGACCCUCUAGGCCCAAUAUCAAGCUGGCCGUGAGUCAUACCUGUCAGAACUCCUUCUAACUCAGUGAAUUAUUAUCUCUGUAAUAAUUCACUUGACUCAUCGACUACGGACGUACUAGGCCACUACGCCGUAGUCCCCAGACGAUACAGGAGAAUCCAAUCCAUUGGACCUGUCUGUCCUCAGUUACCAUGUACCUAUAGUCCCUCAUCCAUCUAAUAUCCCAGAGACCGUAUAUCAAGCAUGGUGUUGUCAGACCCAUACGGUUUCUACUCGAGUCUCGCUCUAAUCGGAUUCUCCCGAAGAACUCUUUCUCUCUCAACCCGAAUGACCCUGGCCAGGGAUUUGUCUGAGCAAGAACACAUAGGAUAUUCCUCUCAUGACGCCGAGAGUGGAUGAUCCUCUAUUGACACUCAAUAGCCCUCGUAAGGUUGACUACCACUCCCAAUGACCAACUGUACUAGAUCUGGGGACAGCCAAACCUAUAAGUCUGGUAUCAAAGAGUGGAGCACUCAUACAGGACAUCCUUGGUGUCUCAAGUCUAAGGACCAAAUACACCACUAGGACUACGGAAUCGCUGUCUGACAAUAAGGCAUCAUCAACCAUCCAACAUUCCGUAAGCGGAUCAAUCAGUGAACUCAUUCUCCAAUGAGCACCUGUACUGUAUCCCUAGUGUCCCUACACGAGCAGCUAUGAGACCAGCUGCAUCCAUCAUAUGGACGGGUAUACAGCACACCAGUCUAUCCGGUUAUCACGAUGUCCCUCUCGAGUAACCUAUGACCGGGAUUAUUUAGGAUAUGCGUUUAAAGGUGAAUCGAUCUCAUUAUCGUGAUCUCAUCACGAUCCGAUUCCCAUUGCAUAAAUCCAAGGACAUCACAAUAUAUAUAUGCACAUAUGCAAUUGUUAUAAAGUGAUAUACGCCAAAAUAUAAUAAGCAAAAAGAUUAUGUAUCAAGUCACACGUGCCAUCACUCACGUGAUUGGCUUGCUGGGCACCUAUGAUUAGCAAUCUCCCACUUGACCUGAAGCCAAUCACCUAUGUGUCUGAUCCCCAUCAGACUCCUAUGACGCUCAUAGACAAUCUGAGAUAACGGCUUUGUCAGUGGAUCUGCAAUGUUAUCUUCGGAUGGAACUCUUUCCACUACUACAUCUCCUCGGGUUACGAUCUCUCUUAUAAGCUGGAACCUCCUCAGAACACUUCUGAUGAGACCCGGGUUCCCUUAUUUGAGUAAUCACCCCAUAGUUGUCGCAAUAUAAGGAAGUCGACUUAUCGUUAUCUGUAUCGACUCCCAAAUCUGUGAUGAACUUCUUCACCCAGACUCCCUCCUUUGCUGCAUCUGAUGCAGCAAUGAACUCCGCCUCUGUGGUCGAGUCAGCAGUGGUAUCUUGCUUGGAACUCUUCCAGCACACUACUCCUCCAUUCAAGGUGUACACAUACCCUGAAUUCGACUUGCUAUCAUCGACAUCAGACUGAAAACUUGAGUCAGUGAAGCCUUCAACCUUAAGGCUAUUACCUCCAUAUACUAGUAAAAGAUCCUUAGUCCUUCUCAAGUACUUAAGGAUACACUUUACUGCUUUCCAGUGCUCCAAGCCUGGAUCCGCCUGAUACCUGCUCGUGACACUCAGAGCAUGCGCUAUAUCAGGCCUAGUACAUAGCAUGGCAUACAUGAUAGACCCUAUUGCUGAGGCAUAAGGUAUCAUAUUCAUGUUUGCCCUUUGGAAUUUUCCAUGCCAAACCUUUUGACAAAGGUUUCUAUGUACCUGGACUGGGACAAGCCAAGCAUCCUCUUGGAUCUAUCUCUAUAGAUUCUAAUCCCCAAGAUAUAGGAUGCUUCCCCUAAGUCAUUUAUGGAGAAGUGUCUAGAUAACCAAGUCUUUAGUGUGGAUAGCAUUCCUACAUCAUUCCCAAUGAUGAGGAUGCCAUCCACAUAUAACACCAAAAAGGUGAUAGCGCUCCCACUUACCUUCCUGUACACACAAGGAUCAUCUUCGUUCUUAACGAAGUCAUAAGAUCUGAUUGACUCAUCAAAUCUUAUGUUCCAACUUCGGGAAGCUUGCUUUAGUCCAUAAAUGGAUCUAAGCAACCUACACACUUUAUCUAGGCAGUUCUUGGAACGAAUCCCUCAGGUUGCAUCAUAUACACUUCCUCCUCAAGGUUCCCAUUAAGGAAUGCGGUUUUCACAUCCAUCUGCCAGAUCUCAUAAUUAUAGUGUGCUGCAAUAGCCAAUAGAAUUCUGAUGGAUUUUAGCAUUGCUACGGGUGAGAAGGUUUCGUCGUAGUCAACACCUUGCCUUUGACGAUACCCCUUAGCCACUAGCCUUGCUUUAUAGGUCUCUACCUUUCCAUCUACUCCGAUCUUUUUCUUAAAGAUCCACUUGCAACCGAUGGGUACAAUACCUUCGGGCGCAUCAACUAGGUUCCAAACCUUAUUGGAGUACAUAGAAUCCAUCUCAGAAUUCAUGGCUUCUUGCCACUUCCCGGAGUCUAUACUCAUAAUAGCCUCCUCGUAGGUCUGAGGAUCAAUAUCCUCUACAUCCUCUGCUCUAAUAUGUCCCACAUAUCUCUCAGGAGGAUGAGAUACUCUAUCAGACCUGCGUAAAGUUGAAACUUGUGUAUUAGGUACCUGAACAGACUCAGGCUGUAGAGUGGUGCUUGAGCUUGGUUCUCUAACUUCGCUCAACUCUAUCAUUCUCCCACUGUCUCCGCCAAGAAUGUGUUCCUUCUCAAGGAACACUGCUCUCUUAGCUACAAAGACCUUUUGGUCCUCGAGAUGAUAGAAGUAAUACCCACAAGUUUCCUUGGUGUAUCCCACAAAUAUGCAUCGCUCUGUCCUUGAUUCUAACUUAUCGGGGUUGUGUCUUUUAACGUGGGCUGGGCAGCCCCAAAUCUUAACAACCUUAAGAUCAGGCUUCUUCCGUUUCCAUAUCUCAUAUGGUGUAGACACUACCGACUUAGUUGGAACUCUGUUCAGAAUGUAAGCUGCGAUUUCUAGGGCAUAUCCCUAGAAUGAGAUGGGUAGGUCAGCGAAACUCAUCAUGGACCGUACCAUAUCUAAUAAAGUACGAUUUCUCCUUUCAGAGACACCAUUGAGCUGAGGUGUGUAAGGAGGUGUCCAUUGGGAUAAUAUCCCAUGGUCUUUGAGGAACUGAGUAAACUCUGUACUUAAGUACUCACCUCCUCGAUCUGAUCGAAGAGUUUUGAUACUCUUUCUAGUCUGGUUCUCCACCUCAUUCUUAUACUUUCUGAAUUUCUCAAAGGCCUCGGACUUGUACUUCAUUAAGUACACAUAUCCAUACCUUGAGAAAUCAUCAGUAAAUGUAAUGAAGUAGGAGUAACCUCCAAUGGCAUGAGUUGACAUGGGUCCACAUACAUUACUAUGUAUGAGUUCCAACAACUCAGUGGCUCUCUCUCCAGUUCUACUAAAUGGAGAUUUGGUCAGUUUUCCACGAAUGCAAGGCUCACAAGUUGCAUAUGACACAUAGUCGAAUGGAUCUAGAUAUCCAUCAUUUAGCAACUUUUGAAUCAUUCUUUCAUGGAUGUGACCUAGCCUACAAUGCCACAGGUAUGCACUGUUCACCUCAUCUCAUUUCCUUUUGGACACAUUUACAUUCAUGAUAUGUGGAGUGGUGUCUAACAUAAAUAAACCAUUAUGCAAUGUUUCUUUCGUGAUGAUCUUAUCAUCUAAUAAUAUCGAACAACCAUUGUUCUCAAAAACAAAUUUAUAUCCACUAACUGUUAAACAUGAAAUGGAGAUAAUGUUUUUGAUAAUAGAAGGAACAAAAUAACAUGCAUCUAAUGCAAUAAAAGCUCCACUAGGCAGAUGUAGGGCGACCUCGCCAACAGCUAAUACAGCAACUUUUGCUCCAUUACCCAUCUUGAGGUCCAUCUCGCCUCUCUCUAGUCUCCUAGGCCUUGCCAGAACCUGCAACGAAUUGCAUAUAUGAUAAGCACUACCGGUAUCCAAUACCCAUGUGUUAUCAUAAGAGUCUGACAAAUGGAGACUGAUCAUGAAUGUACCUGAAGCUUCAUCAAGCUUUUGUUUCGCCCUUUCUGCAAGGUACUCUUUGCAGUUUCUCUUCCAGUGCCCAUCUUUACCACAGUGGAAGCACUGGCCUUUGUCCUUUGUUGGGUCUUUCUUAGCAACCUUUGCUUUACCUUGUUUGCCCUUGCCCUUUCCCUUCUUAAGGGACCUUUCUGCUUUCCUUUUCUUUUUGGUCUCACCAUUGUAGAGAACUGGCUUCUCUUUCUUAAUAGUACUCUCUGCUUCCCUCAACAUAUUGAGGAGCUAUGAGAGAGUCACCUCAAGCUUGUUCAUAUUAAAAUCCAUUAUGAACUAUGAAAAGGAAUCUGGUAGGGACUGAAGCACAAUGUCCACACACAAGUUAUCCUCUAGGACCAUUCCUAGACCUGUGAGUUUCUCUAUCCACUCAAUCAUCUUUAGGACAUGGUUCUGAACUGGUGUCCCCUCAGUCAUCCUAGCGCGGAAAAGGCUCUUGGAUAUCUCAUAUCGUUGAGUCCUUCCCUGUUCCUCAAACAAUUUGCGGACAUGUAGGAGAAUGGAUCUGGCAUCCAUCUUUUCAUGUUGUCUCUGUAACUCUGGAAUCAUAGAGCCCAACAUAUAGCACUGAGCAAGAGUGGAGUCAUCAAUGUACUUCACGUAGCGAGCGAUCUCAUCCUCGCUUGCCCCUUCUUCGGGCGUAGGCAUCACUGUAUCAAGGAUGUACACGAUUUUCUCCGCUGUGAGAACAAUUCUCAAGUUACGGAACCAAUCAGUAUAAUUUGGACCAGUGAGGCGGUUGACAUCAAGUAUGCCACGUAAGGGAUUUGAAAGCGACAUUUUCUGAAAAUAAAGAUGUAGCAGAAAUGUAUAACAUGUAGAUUUUGCAAGAAAUAAACUAUCAAGAUAUGGACUUCUAUCUUAAUAUGCUCCCACUAUUUUACUAUCGAGUCACGCGACACCCUCAGCACGUUAAACGGAAGUCUCCGGCAGACUUCUAGUGGGGAUCAGGAUCCAAUCAGCGUCUUAGUGUAACCUUGAGGGACUCGACCAAUCACACUAAGCCUAAAAGGUAGGCAACUCUUGCCGAUCACAAUUACUUGUGAUUCCCGUCCUGUUCGGCCUCCGAAUCACCAUGGCCUCGAGGGACUCGACCAACCAUGAUGCUCGGUUAAGUCAACACCUUCGUUACAAGAUGAGUCUGAUUUGAUGAUAUACCCUCGAGGGACUCGACCAAGCAUACCAUGCCCUCAGGUCACCGGUGAGAUCUCUAUGUCGUAAGCAAGAUAGCGAAUCGCGAUAUAGGUGAGUCUUGAGGGACUCGACCAACUCAACCUACACCGGGAAUCGGUUCCUACUCAUAACGAUGGAAGGCCACGUGGGUCAAUCUAAUUGCCUCACGUUUACCGACUUAAUAUUAUCGAGAGAUGUUUCUAUAAUUUGGUCUCCUAAUAUGACAUGUCACACAUAUACAUAUUUAAUAUAUAUCUACAUCGCAUGCAAAUAUAUAUGCAUAUCUAGUAUGUGUAUAAUCAAUCACAUCAGAUGAUCAUGGACCAUAACCUAAUAUGAUUAGGCCCGAGCCAGUAGGCCUAAUCACUCACAUCAAGACUAUGUGUGCAACGAUACAUCUUCAUGCCCUGUGAUCGUCCAUCUCGUCCUCGUCGGUUCCGUCGACAUCUUGAUGCAUCUCCAUGCAUCACGAUCGUCCGUCUCGUGGGUCCCGCUAUCGCAUCCACGCUCCCGUUGCGCCUCCUCAUGUGAUUACAACUUAAUCAUAGGCACGCAGGCCCGACAAUAAACGAGAAAUAUAAUGGAGGCUCGCAGACCUCAAUAAUAUAAUCACAAGUACACACAUCACACGGUCCAUGAUCAUCCGUCCACACAUCAUACAUCACAUGUAUAAAUAAUCAUCAUCAUGUAUGACUACUAGAUAAUAAUAAAAAUAAUAAUCAACUAAACCUUUUAAUUAAUUAAUAUUUUCUGAAAUCAGGGAUAUAUAGGGAAUUUCUCAAUUCCUAAGGGUAUUUUCGUAAUUUUGACAAAAGACAAAAAUUGGAAUUUCUCAAAUUCACAAGGGUAAAACUGUCUUUUUGCCCAAAACCCUAAUGCCCUUUCCCCUUUUCGCUGCUGCCGCCGCCGCCACCCUGCCGGCGGCGGCCUGUGCGGCGGGGCAAGGGCGCUGCCCUCGCUUGCAAGCGGCACGCCCGCUGGCGGCGCUGCCGCUGCAGGUGGGCUCCCCCUUCGGGCGUCGCUGCCUCCGCAGGCGGUGCUGUCCCGCCGGGCGGCCGCCCCUGUGGGGGGGGGGGUUUCGCCCGCGGGAGCAGCGGCGACAGGCGCCGCUGCCCGUGGGUUGCCAGCCCCGCCAGCAGCAAGCUUGCUGCAAGCAGACCGCCGGCCGGUUGCUGCAGGCACAGUGCUUGCGCAUGCGCCGGCGCUGUGCUGCCUGGCUGCGGCUGCCGCUGCAGGUGGCUGCAGGCAUGUAGAUCGAAGGCAGCAACUGUUGCUGCCCUUCCUCGCUUUUGCGUCAACGAUUUUGACGUCAAAAUUCUUCCUAAACACAAUACACGCAGUUCAAAACCAAUCAUUCGCACGAACAACCUGGCUCUGAUACCACUGUUGGGAAAUCAUUGGGGGUGACAUCAUAUGCGCAGCGGAAGAACAAGAAAAACAAAAUCCCCGAUUCCCAAAAAGAUGUUCGUCGUCGUGCGAAGAUUGGUGCGCAAAAAUCCGCAAAACACAAAACUGCGUAUAGAGAUUGUGUUACCUAGGGAGAUCGUAUAUCCCUAUUUCCUUACAGAUCCUUAGGAGAGGGUGAAGGAGAUCAAGCGUCCUCCUCUCUAGCGGUGAUCCACACAGCAGGGUUGCGACGACGCUCCUCAAAACUCCAAGCAUACUCUGAGGUGGAGAGGGAGAGGAGAAUAGGAAAGGCAAGCAAAGACUCUAGCCUAUGAGGCUGUGAAUCCCUCCUAUUUAUAGAGAUCCCGUGUCAAACCCUAAUGGGUCCUUCCCUAGUGGGUAUUGGAUCUGCAUCCAAUAAGACAAGGGCUCCGUCGGAUAUCUCAUAUCCGAACCUCUACUCAUCGCAAUGCCUACCAUAUGUGUGUGACCCUCUAGGCCCAAUAUCGAGCUGGCCGUGAGUCAUACCUGUCAGAACUCCUUCUAACUCAGUGAAUUAUUAUCUCUGUAAUAAUUCACUUGACUCAUCGACUACGGACGUACUAGGCCACUACGCCGUAGUCCCCAGACGAUACAGGGGAAUCCAAUCCAUUGGACCUGUCUGUCCUCAGUUACCAUGUACCUAUAGUCCCUCAUCCAUCUAAUAUCCCAGAGACCGUAUAUCGAGCAUGGUGUUGUCAGACCCAUACGGUUUCUACUCGAGUCUCGCUCUAAUCGGAUUCUCCCGGAGAACUCUUUCUCUCUCAACCCGAAUGACCCUGGCCAGGGAUUUGUCUAAGCAAGAACACAUAGGAUAUUCCUCUCAUGACGCCGAGAGUGGAUGAUCCUCUAUUGACACUCAAUAGCCCUCGUAAGGUCGACUACCACUCCCAAUGACCAGCUGUACUAGAUCUGGGGACAGCCAAAUCUAUAAGUCUGGUAUCAAAGAGUGGAGCACUCAUACAAGACAUCCUUGGUGUCUCAAGUCUAAGGACCAAAUACACCACUAGGACUACGGAAUCGCUGUCUGACAAUAAGGCAUCAUCAACCAUCCAGCAUUCCGUAAGCGGAUCAAUUAGUGAACUCAUUCUCCAAUGAGCACCUGUACUGUAUCCCUAGUGUCCCUACACGAGCAGCUAUGAGACCAGCUGCAUCCAUCAUAUGGACGGGUAUACAACACACCAGUCUAUCCGGUUAUCACGAUGUCCCUCUCGAGUAACCUAUGACUGGGAUUAUUUAGGAUAUGUGUUUAAAGGUGAAUCGAUCUCAUUAUCGUGAUCUCAUCACGAUCCAAUUCCCAUUGCACAUAUGCAAUUGUUAUAAAGUGAUAUACGCCAAAAUAUAAUAAGCAAAAAGAUUAUGUAUCAAGUCACACGUGCCAUCACUCACGUGAUUGGCUUGCUGGGCACCUAUGACUAGCACUAAAUGCGGGAAAAAGCAACACCCACGUUGCGCCGCCAUAAAACUUGAGGGCACCGAGCCUCAUGGUUAUGGAGGGGCCAAAGAUGCCAAAGAGCUCGAGAAUUUUCUAUUCGACAUGGAGCAAUACUUUUGAGCUACGAGGCCUGAUUAUAAAGAAACCAAAGUUUCCAUAGCAACCAUGUAUCUGAACGGAGAUGCAAAACUUGUUGGGAAAUAUCGGGGCCGACAUCACAUACGCAGCGGAAGAACAAGAAAACAAAAUCCCUGAUUCUUAAAUAGAUGUUCGUCGUCGUGUGAAGAUUAGUGCGCAAAAUCCGCGAAACUUAAAACUGCGUAUAGAGUAGAUUGUGUUACCUAGGGAGAUUGUAUAUCCUUGUUUCCUUACAGAUCCUUAGGAGAGGGUGAAGGAGGUCAAGCGUCCUCCUCUCUAGCGGUGAUCCACACAGCAGGGCUGCGACGACGCUCCUCAAAUCUCUAGGCCUACUCUGAGGUGGAGAGGGGGAGGAGAAUAAGAGAGGCAAGCAAAGACUCUAGUCUAUGAGGCUCUGAAUCCCUCCUAUUUAUAGAGGUCCCCUGUCAAACCCUAAUGGAUCCUCCCCUAGUGGGUAUUGGAUCUGCAUCCAAUAACCCAAGCCUUUUAGAUUAGUGGAUCUCUAUCUAAUAAUCUCUCAUGGGCUCUUAUUGAAUCUCGUCCAUGGGAUCCAAUUAUUCAUGGGCUUAUUGGAUAUCCAAUAAGACAAGGGCUCCGUCGGAUAUCUCAUAUCCGAACCUCUACUCAUCGCAAUGCCUACUAUAUGUGUGUGACCCUCUAGGCCCAAUAUCGAGCUGGCCGUGAGUUAUACAUGUCAGAACUCCUUCUAACUUAGUGAAUUAUUAUCUUUGUAAUAAUUCACUCGACUCAUCGACUACGGACGUAUUAGGCCACUACGUCGUAGUCCCCAUACGAUACAGGGGAAUCUAAUCCAUUAGACUUGUCUAUCAUCAAUUACCGUGUACCUAUAGUCCCUCAUCCAUCUAAUAUCCCAGAGACCGUAUAUCGAGCAUGGUGCUGUCAGACCCAUACGGUUUCUACUCGAGUCUUGCUCUAUUCAGAUUCUUCCGGAGAACUCUUUCUCUCUCAAUCCGAAUGACCCUGGCCAAGGAUUUGUUUGAGCAAGAACACAUGGGAUAUUCCUCUCAUGACGCCGAGAGUGGAUGAUCCUCUAUCGACACUCAAUAGCCCUCGUAAGGUCGACUACCACUCCCAUUGACCAACUGUACUAGAUCUGGGACAACCAAACCUAUAAGUCUGGUAUCAAAAAGUGGAGCACUCAUACAGGACAUCCUUGGUGUCUCAAGUCUAAGGACCAGAUAGACCACUAGGACUACGGAAUUGCUGUCUGACAAUAAGGCAUCAUCAACCAUCCAGCAUUCCGUAAGCGAAUCAAUCAAUGAACUCAUUCUCCAAUAAGCACCUGUAUUGUAUCCCUAGUGCCCCUACACGAGCAACUAUGAGACCAACUGCAUCCAUCAUAUGGACGGGUAUACAGAACACCAGUUUGUCCGGUUAUCACGAUGUCCCUCUCGAGUAACCUAUGAUCGGGAUUAUUUAGGAUCUGUGUUAAAGGUGAAUCGAUCUCAUUAUCGUGAUCUCAUCACGAUCCGAUUCCCAUUGCACAAAUCCAAGGACAUCUCAAUAUAUAUAUGCAUAUAUACAAUAGUUAUAAAGUGAUAUAUGCCAAAAUAUAAUAAGUAAAAAGAUUUUGUAUCAAGUCACACGUGCCAUCACUCGCGUGAUUGGCUUGCUGGGCACCUAUGACUAGCAAUCUCUCACUUGACCUAAAGCCAAUCACCUAUGUGUCUGAUCCCCAUCAGACCCCUGUGAUGCUCAAAGACAAUCUGAGACAACGACUUUGUCAGCGGAUCUGCAAUGUUAUUUUCGGAUGGAACUCUUUCCACUGCUACAUCUCCUCGGGUUACGAUUUCUCUGAUAAGGUGGAACUUCCUCAGAACAUGCUUAGAUUUCUGAUGAGACAUGGGUUCCUUUGCUUGAGCAAUCGCCUCGUUGUUGUCGCAAUAUAAGGAGAUCGACUCCUCGCUACCCGGUACGACUCCCAAAUCUGUGAUGAACUUCUUCACUCAGACUCCCUCCUUUGCUGCAUCUGAUGCAACAAUGUACUCCGCCUUUGUGGUCGAGUCUGCAGUAGUAUCUUGCUUUGAACUCUUCCAGCACACUGCCCCUCCAUUCAAGGUGUACACGUACCCCGAAUUUGACUUGUUAUCAUCGACAUCAAACUGAAAACUUGAGUCUGUGUAGCCUUCAACCUUAAGGCUACUACCUUCAUAUACUAGUAAAAGAUCCUUAGUCCUUCUCAAGUACUUAAGGAUACACUUUACUGCUUUGUAGUGCUCCAAGCCUGGAUCUGCUUGAUACCUGCUCGUGACACUCAGAGCAUGCGCUAUAUCAGGCCUAGUACAUAGCAUGACAUACAUGAUAGACCCUAUUGCUGAGGCAUAAGGUAUCAUAUCCAUAUUUGCCCUUUCUUCUGGAGUCUUGGGGGGACAUACUCGUAGAAAGCGAUAUCCCAUGUCUCAUCGGUAUGAGACCUCUCUUGGAAUUUUCCAUGCCAAACCUUUUGACAAUGGUUUCUAUGUACCUAGAUUGGGACAAGCCAAGCAUCCUCUUGGAUUUAUCUCUAUAGAUCCGAAUCCCCAAGAUAUAGGAUGUUUCCCCUAAGUCCUUCAUGGAGAAGUGUCUAGAUAACUAAGUCUUUACUGUGGAUAACAUUCUUAUGUCAAAUCCGAUGAUCUGGAUGUCAUCCACAUAUAACACCAAAAAGGUGAUAGCGCUCCCACUUACCUUCCUGUACACACAAGGCUCAUCUUCGUUCUUAACGAAGUCAUAAGAUCUGAUUGCCUCAUCAAAUCUUAUGUUCCAACUUCGGGAAGCUUGCUUUAGUCCAUAAAUGGAUCUAAGCAACCUACACACCUUAUUUGGGCAGUUCUUGGACACGAAUCCCUCAGGUUAUAUCAUAUACACCUCCUCCUCAAGGUUCCCAUUGAGGAAUGCGGUUUUCACAUCCAUCUACUAGAUCUCAUAAUCAUAGUGUGCUGCAAUAGCCAAUAGAAUUCUGAUGGAUUUUAGCAUUGCUACGGGUGAGAAUGUUUCGUCAUAGUCAACACCUUGCCUUUGACGAUACCCCUUAGCCAUUAGCCUUGUUUUAUAGGUCUCUACCUUUCCAUCUACUCCGAUCUUUUUCUUAAAGAUCCACUUGCAACCGAUGGGUACAAUACCUUCGUGCGCAUCAACUAGGUUCCAAACCUUGUUGGAGUACAUAGAAUCCAUCUCAGAAUUCAUGGCUUCUUGCCACUUCUCGGAGUCUAUACUUAUAAUAGCCUCCUCGUAGGUCUGAGGAUCAAUAUCCUCAGCAUCCUCUCCUCUAAUAUGUCCCACAUAUCUCUCAGGAGGAUGGGAUACCUUGCCAGAUCUACGUAAAGUUGAAACUUGUGUAUUAGGUACCUGAACAGACUCGGGUUGUAGAGUGGUGCCUGAGCUUGGUUCUCCAACCUCGCUCAACUCUAUCAUGCUCCCACUAUCUCCGCUAAGAAUAUGUUCCUUCUCAAGGAACACUGCUCUCUUAGCUACAAAGACCUUUUGGUCCUCGAGGUGAUAGAAAUAAUACCCACAAGUUUCCUUGGGGUAUCCCACAAAUUUGCAUCGCUCUGUUCUCGAUUCUAACUUAUCGGGGUUGUGUCUUUUAACGUGGGCAGGGCAGCCCCAAAUCUUAACAAUCUUAAGAUCAGGCUUCUUCCCUUUCCAUAUCUCAUAUGGUGUAGACACUACCGACUUAGUUGGAACUCUGUUCAGAAGGUAAGCUACGGUUUCUAGGGCAUAUCCCCAGAAUGAAAUGGGUAGGUCAGCGAAACUCAUCAUAAACCGUACCAUGUCUAAUAGCGUACGAUUUCUCCUUUCAGAGACACCAUUGAGCUGAGGUGUAUAAGGAGGUUUCCAUUGAGAUAAUAUCUCAUGGUCCUUAAGGAACUGAGUAAACUCUAUACUUAAGUACUCACCUCAUCGAUCUGAUCGAAGAGUUUUGAUACUCUUUCCAGUCUGGUUCUCCACCUCAUUCUUAUACUCUCUGAAUUUCUCAAAGGCCUCGGACUUGUACUUCAUUAAGUACACAUAUCCAUACCUUGAGAAAUCAUCAGUAAAGGUAAUGAAGUAGGAGUAACCACCAAUGGCAUGAGUUGACAUGGGUCCACAUACAUCACUAUGUAUAAGUUCCAAUAGCUUAGUGGCUCUCUCUCCAGUUUCAUUAAAUGGAUAGUUGGUCAGUUUUCCACGAAGGUAAGGCUCGCAAGUUGCAUAUGACACAUAGUCGAACGGAUCUAGAUAUCUAUCAUUUAGCAACUUUCGAAUCCUUCCUUCAUGGAUGUGACCUAGUCUACAAUGUCACAGGUAUGCACUGUUCAUCUCAUCUCUUUUCCUCUUGGACACAUUUACAUUCAUGAUAUGUGGAGUAGUGUCUAGCAUAAAUAAACCAUUAUGCAAUGUUCCUUUCGUGAUGAUCUUAUCAUCUAAUAAUAUCGAACAACCAUUGUUCUCAAAAACUAAUUUAUAUCCACUAACUGUUAAACAUGAAAUGGAGAUAAUGUUUUUGAUAAUAGAAGGAACAAAAUAACAUGCAUCUAAUGCAAUAAAAGCUCCACCAAGCAGAUGUAGGGCGACCUCGCCAACAACUACUACAGCAACUUUUGCUCCAUUACCCAUCUUGAGGUCUAUCUCGCCUCUUUCUAGUCUUCUAGGCCUUGCCAGAACCUACAACGAAUUGCAUAUAUGAUAAGCACUACCGGUAUCCAAUACACAUGUGUUAUCAUAAGAGUCUGACAAAAGGAGACUGAUCAUGAAUGUACCUGAAGCUUCACCAAGCUUUUGUUUCGCCCUUUCUGCAAGGUACUCUUUGCAGUUCCUCUUCCAGUGCCCAUCUUUGCCACAGUGGAAGCACUGGCCUUUGUCCUUUGCUUUACUUGGUCUGCCCUUGCCCUUUCCCUUCUUAAGGGACCUUUUUGCUUUUCUUUUUUUUCUGGUCUCACCGGUGUAGAGAACUGGCUUCUCUUUCUUAAUAGUACUCUCUGCCUCCCUCAACAUAUUGAGGAGCUUUGGGAGAGUCACCUCAAGCUUGUUCAUAUUAAAAUUUAUUAUGAAUUGUGAAAAGGAAUUUGGUAGGGACUGAAGCACAAUGUCCACACACAAGUUAUCCUCUAGAACCAUUCUUAGACCUGUGAGUUUUUCUAUCCACUCAAUCAUCUUUAGGACAUGGUUCUGAACCGAUGUCCCCUCAGUCAUCCUAGCGCGGAAGAGGCUCUUGGAUAUUUCAUAUCGUUGAGUCCUUCCCUGUUCCUCAAAUAAUUUGCGGACAUGUAGUAGAAUGGAUCUAGCAUCCAUCUUUUCAUGUUGUCUCUGUAACUCAAGAGUCAUAGAGCCCAACAUAUAGCACUGAGUAAGAGUGGAGUCAUCAAUGUACUUCACGUAGCGAGCGAUCUCAUCCUCGCUUGCCCCUUGUUCGGGCAUAGGCAUCACUGUAUCAAGGACGUACACAAUUUUCUCCGCCGUGAGAACAAUUCUCAAGUUACGGAGCCAAUCUGUAUAAUUUGGACCAGUGAGGCGGUUGACAACAAGUAUGCCACGUAAGGGAUUUGAAAGCGACAUUUUCUGAAAUAAAGAUGCAACAAAAAUGAAUAACAUGCAGAUUUUACAAGAAAUAAACUAUGGACUUCUAUCUUAAUAUGCUCCCACUAUUUUACUAGCGAGUCACGCGACACCCUCAGCACGUGAAACGGAAGUCUCCGGCAAACUUCUAGUGGGGAUCAUAUUCAAUCAGUGUCUUAGUGUAACCUCGAGGGACUCGACCAAUCACACUAAGCCUAAAAGGUAGGCAACUCUUACCGAUCACAACUCCUUGUGAUUCCCGUCCUGUUCGGCCUCCGAAUCACCAUGGUCUCGAGAGACUCGACCAACCAUGAUGCUCGGUUAAGUCAACACCUUCGUUACAAGAUGAGUCUGAUUUGAUGAUAUACCCUUGAGGGACUUGACCAAGCAUACCAUGUCCUCAGGUCACCGGUGACAUCUCUAUGUCGUAAGCAAGAUAACGAAUGACGAUAUAGGUGAGUCUCGAGGGACUCGACCAACUCAAUCUACACCGGGAAUCGGUUCCUACUUAUAACGAUGGAAGGCCACGUGGGUCAAUCUAAUUACCUCACGUUUACCGACUUAAUAUUAUCGAGAGAUGUUUCUAUGAUUUGGUCUCCGAAUAUGACAUGUCACACAUAUACAUAUUUAAUAUAUAUCUACAUCGCAUGCAAAUAUAUAUACAUAUCUAGUAUGUGCAGUAGCAAUCACAUUAGAUGAUCAUGAACUACAACCUAAUGUGAUUAGGCCCGAGCCAAUGGGCCUAAUCACUCACAUCAAGAUCUAUGUAUGCAACGGUGCAUCUUCAUACCCUGUGAUUGUCCAUCUCGUCCUCGUCGGCUCCAUCGACAUCUCGAUGCAUCUUCAUGCAUCACGAUCGUCCGUCUCAUGGGUUUCGCUAUCGCAUCCACGCUCUCGCUACGCCUCCUCAUGUGAUUACAACUUAAUCAUAGACACGCAGG